AUGGACUCACUGAAAAAUUCGUAUGGUGAAUAUUUUGAUUUUUCUAUACUAAAAAGUGAAUUAACUAUUGUGUAUUCGUCAACCGAAUUUCAACUUUGGUUAUAUCUUAAAUCAACUGAACUAUAUGAAAGUUUACCUCAAGUUACAAAAUUAUCAUCUUUAAUUUUAACAAUUCCAGCAACAAGUGCAGGUGCUGAACGUUCAUUUUCGACUUUGAAAAGGAUACAUACAUAUUUAAGAAACUCUCAAUCACAAAAUAGACUAUCAGCAUUGUCAAUUUUAUCUAUUGAAAAACAAUUACUAACCAAAAUUCAAAAAUAA